AUUAUAUUUUUUCAAGUUUCCUAAAAAUUAUCCCACUUUGGGUGUUGGCGAACGCUGUCGUGCAGAACCACAGCUGCAUCCCCAGCAGCUAUCCCCACAUGUGUAUUUUGGAUAACGUCAACUACAGCCAACAUAAUUCAAAGGCGCACAUAUUUCCUAAAGGUUACCCUCACGUGCGCAUCAUCAACAAUGGUUGGUUAGUUCAAAAGCAAUCGCGAGUAGAAGUGCUGGAUGCUGAACUGUACAAUAAUUUCGACCGACCCGAAGCGCUUGAGCUAGUUGACGUCGAUUUGCAGAUGCUGGAAAUCCCACGCUCUCUGAAACUAGCCAAUCUCGGUUUCAAUCAUAUUAAUCAGUUUUCAAUUGAAAAAGCCGAAGGAGACCCGUUGCUUACAUAUUUGGAUGUUACCAGAAACUCCAUCACUGACCUGAUUAACGUGACUAGUUUGGUAAACCUAGAAACCCUCUAUCUAGUCGACAACCAAAUAGAAAUCAUCACUCGGUACGCCCUUAAGGGUCUCAAAAAACUUAAAAUUCUCAACCUUGAGGGCAAUAAUAUUGUACGUGUCUCGAUGGAAGAAUUUCCACGAAGUUUAAGUUUUCUGAAACUUUUUAACAACGAAAUAAAGGAACUGAAUUACGAGCAAAUGACGCUUCCCGAACUGGAGACUUUAAACCUAGAACAUAACUAUCUGCAAACGAUUAACACUCGGGCAUUGCUACAGGCAAUGCCGAAGCUGACAACAUUCUACAUAGGCGGCAAUUUAAUCAGUCAUGGUGAACUCUCAGAGACCAUCACCCUCCUGGACCGUCACAAUAUAAGUUACAAAAAUGAAAAUGAUCCAUUCGGAUGCAAUCAGGAAAAUUAUGCAGAAGAGAUUUGUAUGCAAAAGCACAGCUACAUCGAUAGAGGCUGGCUCACGGUGAUUGGUCUCACUGUCCUGGUGCUACUGGUUGGCACUGUAUUCGUCUGCAUUGUUUGGCGGGUUUACAUUGCAAUGAAUAAAUGAAAACAAAACCGGCUGUGUGAAUAUGUAUAUGUUUACUAAAGUCAUCCGAUUACUAUGAAGCGAUAGGCUAACCUAGCACACUCUUAUCAAAUAUAGUUCUGCCUAUGAAUGCCGCAUGAUACGUCUGUCUGAAUUCCAAUAAUUUGUUUAUAAUCACAAACAAACUAACUAUGUUUCUUAAAGCCAAUCUAAUUGUGAUAUUUAGCAGAUCAUUUUGUUGUGCCGGGAUUUGCUCACACGACCAGAGAAAGAUUCUCAGUUUUUAUUUCAUUCGGCGCAUGUGAUUUGAUUAGUGAAUUUAAAUGUAAAUAUGUUGAGAUAAUCUAUGUUGAAACUU